AUGGAUGAUUUGGAUAUGCAUGACAUCGAAAACGAUCAUCUUGAUGAAGAAAAUCAUCAGUUCGGUUCUAAUGAUUCCGGGAUUCUUCAUAACGAAGAAAAUCAAUCAAAAACCCAAGAUAUGAAUGACAUCGGAAAUAAUCAUUACGAUGAAGAAAAUCAUCAAUUCAGUUAUGGUGAUUCAGAGAUUCUGCAUAAUGAUGAAAAUCAAUCGGAAACCCAAGUUCAAAGUGACAAUGUUGCAGCACAAUAUGGCUCUUGCAAACAAUUCAUUGGAGCUGAUGGUUCUUUCUUUUGGAUUCCAGAGGUUGAAGCUAGCUGGAUACCUUCUAUGGGUUCAUUUUUUAAAGAUAUCAAACAUGCUAUUAAGUGGUAUAAAGGAUAUGCAUUAAGAUCUGGUUUUGAUAUUAGAAAAUCAACAGAGAGGAGAAAAAAUGGAAUCACAACUUCAAAAUAUUUUUUAUGCAAUAGAGGGGGAUUGCCAAACACUUAUACUCUAGACACGAUUAGUGAUGAUCAUAACAAGCAAUUGGGAAAUAGUAAUUGCAAACACACAAAUUGCAAAGCUUUUGUUGCAUUCAAAGUUAUACCAGAUUCUUCAGAAGUUUAUCUGUGGCGCUUUGAACAACAGCACAACCACAAAUUGAUCAAUCAAGAUUGUAUGCAUCUUUCACAAGCUAAGCGUUAG